AUGGGAUCAGUGACGGAUACUGUGGCCAGUCCAUAUGUACUGCGACAACACCGCUCCGGCGACUUGGGAUGGAUAGUUCAUCGGCAUGGUGUCUUGUACAAUCAUGAAUACGGGUGGACUGAGCGUUUUGAGGGUCUCGUGGCACAGGUGAUCUCGGACUUUACUGAGCAUUAUGAUCCAACAUCAGAACGCUGCUGGAUUGCCGAACGGGAUGGAUCAUUCAUCGGUUGUGUAAUGUUGGUGAAGGACAGGGACUCGGAUCUCAAUGGCGCAAAACUGCGUCUUCUUCUGGUCGAACCGAGCGCACGAGGGCUGGGACUUGGGCGGGCCUUGAUUCAGCAAUGCACGAGUUUUGCUCGCGAGGUGGGAUUCUCGCGAAUACGGUUGUGGACCAACCGUGGCUUAACAUCGGCGCGACGCCUUUACGAAAAGGAGGGAUAUAAGCUUAUUAAGUCCGAAGAAGAGGAGACACUCGGCAUGAAGUCGGUUGGAGAAUACUGGGAAAUGAUACUGUAG